AUGGGACCUACUGGUGAUAAUACUGAUGUUCAUCGUCCAGGUGCACUUAAACAACAAAAUAAACGAUUUAAGAGUGGUCGUCAUCGAUCUCAACAUGAAAUUAAACGAAGCACUAAAGGUCGAGUUGCAGAAAAAAAACAUGCACGUAGUUUAAAACGAUUAAAUGUAACAAGUAAACAAGAUCGUUUAAAUACAGCUAUUCAAAUUCGAAAACAAAAACUUCAAUCUAAUAGACAAGUUAGACAAACAAUUGGUGCUAUUGAUGGUGUUCCACAAAUUAUUGUAAUUACAUUUUAUAUUUAA